CGAUAUGGGCAUUUUGAGUAGGUGGUCAUGCCUUUUGGCCUCACCAACGCCCCGACAACCUUUCAAGCGGCAAUGACCAACGAGUUUCGUACAAUGUUGGACCGGUUCGUGCUGGUCUACUUAGAUGAUAUUCUCGUCUAUAGUUGGUCAUUGGAGGAUCAUCUUGAGCACCUUCGACGAGUGUUGGAGACGCUCCGCCGCGCUAAGUACAAGGCCAACCGCGACAAGUGCGAAUUUGUCCGACAAGAGCUGGAAUACUUGGGCCAUUUUGUCACACCGGACGACAUCAGUCCGCUAUUGGACAAGAUUCAGGCCAUCCAAGAGUGGCCGGAGCCACGGAACGUCACGGAUGUUCGUUCGUUCCUUGGCCUCGCCGGCUACUACCAGCGUUUUAUCAAGGGUUACUCGAAGAUCGCGGCCCACUUGACCAAGCUUCAAUGCGAGGAUCGACCAUUUGACUUCGGAGAGGAUGCGCGGGAAUCAUUUUUGGCUCUCAAAGCCGCGCUAUUAUCUGCAGAGGUCUUGCGCAUAUACGACCCGCUUUUGCCUACGCGCAUCACUACGGAUGCGUCCGGCUAUGGCAUUGGUGCCAUCCUCGAGCAACACGAUGGCGUGGGCUGGCACCCGAUCGAGUAUUUCAGCAAGAAAGUGUCCGUCGUGCACUCCAUUGAUGAUGCACGCAAGGAGCUCCCCGCCUCAAGCGGUGGCGACACUUCCUCCUUGGUCGAGGCCAAUUCCGAUGGCAAAGGAGCGACGUGCAUCCACGCACUCAAGCGGUGGCGGCACUUCCUGCUUGGUCGAGGCCAAUUCCGAUGGGUAACGGACAACAAUCCGUUGGUCUUUUACAAGACCCAAGACACCGUCAACAGCACCAUCGCUCGAUGGAUGGCUUUCAUCGACCAGUUCGACUUCUUUCCCGAUCACAUUCCGGGGAAGUCGAACCGUUUUGCGGAUGCUCUUUCAUGGCGUCUGGGUCAUUGUACCAUGGUCUAUUCAACCUUCGAGAUCGACAACGACCUGCGGGACAGCUUCAUCCGUGGCUACCAAGCCGACCCCGAGUUUCGCGACAAGUACGCGAAUUGCUCCUCUCCUAAUCCGGCGCCUUCUCACUACCGGAUCCAAGAGGGGUACUUGCUUGUCCACACACGGGGGAAGGACCUUCUUUGCGUACCGAGUGACCCUCACUUGCGUGCACGGCUUCUUGGCGCUACACUACCUACUAGUAAGAGUUUGAGUAGCCCAUGGAAGAGAGAAGGUGAAGUAAGAGAAGAUGGAGGAGAAGGGGAGAGAGAUGAGGAAGAUGGAGAUGGAGAAGAAGGGGAGGAAGGGAAAGAGAAUGAAAGUAAGGAGGAGAAAGGAGGAGAUGAAGAGGGGAGAGAAGAGAAGGAAGGAGGGAGUGAGGAGGAAGAAGAGGAAGAAGAAGGAGGAGAGGGAGAAGGAGAAGAAGAAGAAGAAGAAGGAGAAGAUGAAGGUGGAGAAGCCUCUUCCUUCCUCUCACCUUGUUGAUUCCUUGGUGUUGGUAUCCCCCUGAUGAAGCUUCCUCUCCUUGCACAAUCCUCUCUUGGCUAUGACUUCCUUCUUCU